GAAAUGCUAACUCCAAACACAACCGUAUAUCUCAAAUUCCCGAAAGUGCAGGUCAACUAAUAAUAAAAAAAACAAAAUGAUUUUAAAAUUUGCAAUUAAAAAUUUUCAAACCGUUUCGAGAAAAUAUGCAGCAGCCCCUCCGACCGGCGUCAAAGCGUUCACGGAAAGUUGCAUCGUGCCGGACAUGCUGGACUGUCCGCCCGAAAAGGAACUGACCGUGACGUAUUCCUGCGGCCGAAAAGUGACGCUGGGCAACAUCCUAACCCCCACGUUGGUCAAAGAUCCGCCCGAACUGUGCUGGGACGCCGACAAGUGUAAGUUCUACACGGCGCUGAUGGCGGACCCGGACGCGCCCAGCCGACGUUGUCCGCACUCGAGGGAAUUCCAGCACUGGCUCGUCGGAAAUAUACCCGGAAAAGAGAUCGGCAAAGGCGAGACGUUGUCCGAGUACAUCGGCGCCGGGCCGCCGCCCAAUUCCGGACUCCAUCGCUAUGUGAUCCUGGUGUUCCAGCAGCCAGACAAAAUCGAGUUUUGCGAGAAGAAGCUGAACAACAAGUCCAAGGACGGGAGAGAAAAGUUCUCCACCUUGGGAUUCGCUGAGAAGUAUUCGCUGGGCAAACCUCUGUAUGGGAACUUCUUCCAGGCCGAGUGGGAUGAUUACGUGCCCACUUUGUACAAACAACUGGGAAUCCAAGAAUGAUCGUAUUCAAAAAAAUAUAAAAUAUAUGAACAAAUUCACUGUAUACAAUAUUUUGUCAUAAAAAUUUGACAAUAUGAUAGCGUGUCUCGUUUAUUUUUAUACAAAUUAUACAUUUUAAAGCUC